AUGGCCACAAAUGUUGCUUCCACAGACCCACCUAUGACAUUUGGGCAACGACAGAAACUGCAACAGCUUCGUGUUGUAUUUCAUGUCCCUCCACAUGAAAUUUUAUAUACACCGAUCUUAGGAGAUAUUAUGAGUAGGCAACAACUCUGCAAUUUCAUCGAUGGCCUUCUCAAGGAAUUGAUCCACCAAUACCCUACGAUUAUCUCACCACAGCCAGGUGCGUGGAAGCUUAUUAAAAACGAUGCAGAGUUAGACCUAAAUGCCUGGGAGCCUGGCAGUAUAGAACCAGAUACAGCCAUAAUAAUCGCAUCAUCAAACGCGCAGAUAUCUUUCGCAAUCAUUGACAGUAGCCCAACAACAAACGACGAAUCCUGGACGUGGAGCGAGAAAGUGCUAUCGGUCAAGUUCCCAGAACAGAAUGCAUUUCUGCUUCAACACCAUGACCGCGUGUUGGUGAUCCUUCGCUGCCAAACAAAGUACAGGGUGUCAAACAAGAGAAAGGAUAUCCGCGAAACAAACCAUACCGUAUUCAUUCCAAUGACAUAUACGGUGCAGCAUGUGCUGGGGUUGAUACAGGCUAGCCAUGUGUCCGCUGUUUACUCAGACGAUCGGGAAGACAACUUACGUUCGACUGGUUUGACCGCAAGAGAGUUGGGUUGGAAACAUGGUACUAUACUAAGACUAGAGUUGUGGUAG